AUGGAAGUACAAUACAACGAGGGAAGGUUUCCCGUUCCACCAAAGUUUGACUUCAGGCAUUUGCCUCUUAGGUCAAGAAAGGUGACAGUUAUAUCAUUCAUUGGAGAACACGACAUAUUCCUCGAUAAAUCUCAAUUUUCAUACAUAUUUAAAUAUACUGGGAAAGAAAUUCCACUUUCGGAUCUCCCCAGGAAUUAUAUAGAAGGAUAUUAUGACUGUGAAAACCAAAUCAUAUUUUUAGUUUUCAAUAAUCUGGAGUUAGAGCUGUUGUUUAAAGGCUGUGAUACAGAACUCCGAACAUGGGAAAAGUUCCUUAAGCGUUUCGACUACACAUUGUUGAAAGUCUUGUACUUUCUCUUUGUUGUGUCGCACUUCAUCGUUGUUACGUGCAUAGGAACAAAUGUUAACCCCGAUUUGAUCCGUAUUUUCAAGUUGUUAGAUAAGAUGAGAUUGCUCAUGAGACAUCCUAUUGAUAUUUAUACUCGUGACCUUCCAUUACCUCGAGACUGGUUAAACAAUGGACGCGCUUCUAUUCCGAGGCUAUUAUUUGUCUUUAAAAUGACUCCCGCCCAAUCAAAAAUAAUAAAAGAUUGGAAACUUGUCAGACAGUUGGAACAAAAUAUUGUUACUCAAAUAUUCAAUACAUUUUAUGAAGCGGGUCUCGUUAGCAAUGUUCCAACAAAUCAGUUAUUUAUGCUUCCAGGACAUAAUUUUGUACACGUUCUUCUAGAGAAUGAGCAAACAACAAAUGGGUUUAGACAACAUACAUCUUGUGAAGAUGUUGCUCAACAAUAUUUUGAAUUUAUUCUUAAAAAUGUCAAUCACAUUUCGAACAUGUCUCCUAAUAAAAUUCCUAAUCUUUUUGCAUCGUCCACAUUUUUAUUGAAUGAUCCGAAAAAUUCUGUUAGUUCAGUAUCGCCACCAUCUCCACGAACUUUCCCAGCACCUGAUCAACCAGCACAGCAUAAUUUAUCUUCUUUUUUACAUUUACAUGUCGAAUGCAUGAUUGAUCAAGUAUCUAAUAAAAACUCAUCUUUUGGUCAAACAACAGUUGCGUAUGAAUUGCCAACAUGUAAAGCAUGGUUUAUGGCCUGCUAUAGAAUAUAUACAAGCUUAAUAUCGGACGAACACUUGACCACACUUCCAACUCCUGAAAUGAAUACUGGUCAAAAUGAUUCAUCCUCACGUAUUGGAAGUGGAGGAGCGGUAGUGAGUCUAUCACAGUCAUGGCAUAAUGAAUUAAUUUCUAUCCUCUGUCCUACACUUCACACAUCAACAUUAUCUAUAGCCCAGAAACAAACGUCACAAAGGUCUGCUACACAAGAAGAAGAAGAAGCUUUACUCACUUCAAAUUACAAUAAUCCAUGGUCUACUACGGAUCCAAUUAAUCGUUUGUCUAUUAUUCGUUAUCGGGCUGCAAUAUCUACUGCUGAAAAUCAUUAUAAACAAGAUUUGCCUGUUCAUUAUUCGUGCACAUAUCAUAUAAUCAAGGUUAUUUCCGCGUAUAAUGUAGCAAUUGGUUUAGCUCGUGGUCACUCAGUAUUUCGUCUUUUAGAGAAACUAUCAAGUCGAUUAACUCAUCUUUAUCUAGCCGGACGUGUAACAUGUUCUGCUGUAUCUUUAUCAGGUCAAGCUUGCCAGCAUGAACUACAUCGUGUGCCAGAUGAUUUAAAUACUCUGAAAGGUAUUCUGUCAACCAUGGAUAAUAAAAGUAGUGAAGACUAUACUGUGCCUAAUUCUGAUGAAAAUUUACUAUCUCAUCAACGUUACCAGCCAAAUUCUAGUGUAAAUAAAUUACAUGGAAUUGAUUUAAAAAUUAAAGAUGAAUAUAUCAUUCCUUUCGGUCUUAGUGGUAAAUGGAAACGUUAUUGGAUAGAAUGUGCCAUUAAAUCUUUCACCAAUAACAACAAUAAUACUGGAUCGUUAGAUCAGAAUUUGUCAAAUGAGAAACAGACAAAUGAUACUCUGAAUUCGGAUAAUCCAGAUCAACAUUUAGCUGUAAUGCCACAUCGUUCUGAUGUAAUAAUGAUAAGUUCAUGUGGUUGUGGUCGUCAACAAGCUGAAAGAUUAGAUCCAUUCGAUUAUAAAGAAGCUAAUUGGCGUUUUUAUCAUAUAUUAUCAAAUGUUUGUUGUAAUAAGCUAACAAAUAUUAGAUUAUCACCACAAAUUUUAUCUGAUCCACGUCAUACUUUUUGUUUACCUAAUGAAAAUCCACAUCUUGUCACAUUAACAUCAUCAAAUCAUCAUCAAACAAACACAAAAAUAUUCAAUGAAAAAUCAGUAUGUAUUUUAACAAAACCUAAAAAUGCUACUUCAUCACCAUCACCACCACCGGCAUCAUCAUCAUCAACAACAACAACAAGAACAACAUCACCACCACUACGUGUUAGUCGAGCUAAAACAUUGACAGACAAUAAUAAUUCCAUAGAUGAUGAUGAUGAAAAUGAUACGAAUACAAAUGCAGAUAUUGGUCUUUCACAACCUGAUGAUAAUGAUUUAUUAUUAUUGUCAGCUGACUCGGAUCAUUCAAAUUCAAGUAAAGUAGUGAUGCAUAGAAAAUCAACUGAUGAUGAUGAUGAUGAUGACGAUGAUAGUUCAGAUAAUUCAAUCAAUGAUAAAUACAUGAAUGCUGUUAAUAAUUUAUCUGAAAGUUCAUCACCCAAUCCAUCUGAACUAUCAAACAUAUCAGAUUCAGUUGUUCCAUCACAAAACGAUUUAAUUGACAAAACAGCUGAAACAAAAAAUAAUGAAUGUGUCAAUGUAUCUGCGCAUAAUUCACAAUCAAAGAUAAAUUCAUCAACAAAUUCUAUUAAAGUUGAUAAUAGUUCUCCAACUGACUUGGUAUCUUUAUAUCCUGUUAAAUUUCGUGAUGGUGUACCAAAUACUAAUUGGUUUGUUGGUGAUUUACCACUUUAUCCAUCAUGGUCUAUUUAUGCACUUGGAAAAUAUUUCAGUUAUUCUCAUUCUUCCGGAUUACCUUGUCGGGGAUUUCUGCGUAACAGCAAUUUCUUACUUCCAUGGGAUGUAUCCUUAAUGAAUAAUAAUAGUACCUGGAAUAGUUCUGAGCGUGGACGUUUUAGUAAAUCUGCAAGAGGAAGAUAUCGUGGAGGCAGGACAGAAUCAGAUACAGUAAAAUUGUUUAUCGGUUUUGAAAUGGAAUGUUCGAUGGGUCAUCGAUUCUUUAUUACUGGGACUGACCGAAUUAUGGAUGGUCCAAUGCAAAGCAGUCAAGUUCGACGAGCCGUUCAUUUAUUAUUAACACGUGAUCUACCCAUUUUUAUGCCAUGCCAGUGUCAUCAUCCAACUCCACAUGUACUACUCGGUAGUACACGUCAUUCUGCUAAUCCUACUAAUGAAUGGGAAGUAGGUAGUAAUACCAAUGCAAUAAAAUCAUCUAAUUAUACAGACAAUCCAAUUAUUAUGGCACAGUUAUCACGAAUAUAUUUAGCUAUACCAGCUGCUCCUAUUCAAGUUCGAUUUCAACCAUGUAUACGACCAGGACCAUCGAAAGUUGCUCCAAUCUUUCACCUAGGACAUACAUUGGAUCAAUGUUGUGAUAAAAAAUUGGACAGUACAUCGGAUUCAGGUUAUGAUCAAAGUUAUUCAGUCGAUGAUGAUUUAUACUUUUACGAAGAUCGUACCAAACCCAGCAUAAAUUUACACCCAGAUACUGUUCGUAGUGAGAGACAUCAAUCACCAGGUUACGUUAACCUAGACAAUGGGUAUUUGUGGGUUAUUCGGCUACCUCUUGCAUAUCAUGACGGAACAAAACUAUAUCCGAAGCCAUUGUAUUCAAGUGAUUGUAAUGAGUGGAAAUUAUUAAAAGGCUGUAUAAAACUUGUAGCAUAA